CAAGACCACCAUUGCUACACAUUCUUUCAUGGCUCGCAAGAAAACCAACACAUGGAAAGACAUUGUGUUUGGUUGUUUCACAAACACAACGCCUACUUUUGAUCCCCAGAUUCUGGUUUCUAAAACUGGUUUGUCACAGAGGUUAUCGAUAUUGAAUAUUAGCUCGUCCAUUUCCGCCAUCAACGGUCUUUCGAAUUUUAUCGUUGGGUGGGACCUUCAUGAGUUCACCAUGGCUGAGCUAACCACGAUCACCCAUGACUUUGCGUCCAGCAAUUAUCUUGGUGAAGGUGGGUUUGGACCAGUUCAUAAGGGAUUCAUAGAUGACAAGACCAAGCCAGGGUUAGAGGCUCAACGGGUUGCAGUCAAGUUAUUGGAUUUGGAUGGUGGUCAAGGUCACAAUGAAUGGCUGGCUGAAGUGACAUUUUUGGGGCAAUUGAGGCAUCCUCAUCUUGUGAAGUUGAUUGGUUACUGUUGUGAGAAGGAGAACAGGCUUCUUGUUUAUGAAUACAUGGCAAGGGGAAAUUUGGAAAGUCAACUAUUUAGAARGUAUUCGAUUUCYUUGCCAUGGCUGACCAGGAUUCAAAUAGCACUUGGUGCUGCGAAAGGAUUAGCCUUUCUUCAUGGGGAGGAGAAACCUGUCAUUUAUCGCGAUYUCAAAACCUCGAAUAUUUUAUUGGGAUCGGAUUAUACUGCUAAACUAUCAGAUUUUGGGCUAGCGAAGGAUGGUCCUGAAGGAGAUGAGACACAUGUCAGCACUCGAGUGAUGGGUACACACGGCUAUGCUGCACCCGAGUACAUCAUGACAGGUCAUCUGACCACCAUGAGCGAUGUUUAUAGUUUUGGGGUGGUUUUACUAGAGCUAUUAACGGGCAGAAGAUCGAUGGACAAAAGCCGACCAAGUAGAGAGCAAUGUCUAGUGGAGUGGGCAAG